AUGUUCGUUUCCCAGGUUGCCCUCGGCCUCGCUGCCACCACCCUCGUUGCCGCCGUGCCCGUCACCAAGCGCAUGGCCGCCAUUGACGAUGCCACCAUCCUCAACUACGCCCUGACCCUCGAGCACCUCGAGAACACCUUUUACCGCGAGGGUCUCGCCCAGUUCAGCGAGCAGGACUUUGCUGACGCCGGCUUCGACGCCGACUUUGUCGCCAACGUCAAGACCGUCGCCGCGGACGAGGCCGACCACGUCAACUUCCUCACCACAGCCCUCACUGCCGCCGGCGCCACCCCCGUCAAGGAGUGCACUUACGACUUUGGCUACAACGACGUCAAGUCCUUCCUCGCCACGGCCUCCAUCCUCGAGGGUGUUGGUGUCUCCGCCUACCUCGGCGCCGCCGCCGACAUCAUGGCCAAGUCCACCCUGACAGCCGCCGGCUCCAUCCUCACCGUCGAGGCCCGUCACUCGGCCUACAUCCGCGACGCCAUCGACCAGGCGCCGUUUGCCCAGCCCUUUGACACGCCCCUGACCUACAAUCAGGUCUUCUCUCUGGCCUCGCCCUUUAUCACGGAGUGCCCCAGCGACAACCCCGCCCUGCCCGUCAAGGCCUUCCCCGCCCUCGCUGUCCAGGCCGACGGUGAGAUCAAGACCGGCAGCACCAUCACCCUCCUGACCCCCGACUACACCGUCGUCGCCCCCGAGGGUGGUAAAAUCUUCGCUGCCUUCAUCGCCGUCACCGGCCCUACCUUUGUCGAGGCCACUGCCGUCGAGGGCGGCUUCACCGUCGAGAUCCCCGAGGGUUUCGCUGGCCAGACCUACGCUGUCCUGACCGGCUGCAACGAGGGUGUGAGCGACGACACCACUGCCGCCGGCCCUGCUCUCAUUGAGAUCUCAAGCUAA